UGCAUUCCUCGCUUGCAACGAACGCGUACUUUAAAGAGAAAGAAAUAGGUGGUAAAAGCGGUUCAUUAGUAAUGGCUACUCCGGAGGUGAUUGCCUGCCAGACUGUGGAACAAUUUGAGGAGCAGAAAAACAAGGCCACGCCGGGACAAGUGGUGGUCAUUGAUUUCACUGCUUCAUGGUGCGGACCAUGUCGCUUCAUUGCUCCACUUUUGACUGAGCUUGCAAAGAAGCAUCCUCAAAUCAUAUUCCUGAAGGUUGAUGUUGAUCAGCUAAAGCAAGUUUCUGCUGAUUAUAAAGUAGAGGCAAUGCCUACCUUCGUGUUCCUCAAGGAUGGGAAGGAAAUUCAUAGGAUUGUUGGUGCUCGGAAGGAGGAACUUCAGGCCAAAAUUACUGAACUUGCUGCUUGAGAUAAUGUCAAGAUGUAAGUCUAUAUCGGCACCAUGCUUUUAUUUUAUGUAUUUGAUCUUUGCUAAGACUUGAUUCCCUGCCUUGUUUGGGUAUGUAUGUUGUGUUAUUACAUAUAUUUGCCGACUGUAAUGUGGCCUUGCUUGAAUGGUUUCAUGAUGUAAUAAAACUUGUGUGUGAAAUUUAAGGGAAUGUUUGGUUGUUGUUUGAAA